CCUUCGACCCUGGCCAUGCAGUGAGUCUCACCAUGAAGUGGGUAGCACUUGCGGCUCUGUUCACCUUUCUCAACGCUGUUAGACAGGAGGUUGUUGAUGCGUCUGAACAUGAUGCUGUCGCCAAAGUGCCGAUUGCCGUUUUCUUCACCGCGCCAGAGCCGGAUCUUCCCGCCCCACAGAAUGUGACGGUGGAUGCCCUAAGCUCAACUGAGCUCCGCGUCUCGUGGUACUAUCCUCGCCUCCCGGAGCUGAACCUCACGGAGGAUUGCCCUGUGAUCUCUUCUGUUUAUUCUACUUUCAUCACUACUACCGAUACUAGAGGUUCCGCUAGGAUCGUAGUAGAUAAGGAUGGCACUGAGAUGAUUACCGAAGCGAGUCCAACAACUACUGAAACUUCUACCAAAGCUGAGGAUACGUCCACCUCAGAGGUCCCUCAUGUUCCUCAUUUGGAGUUCGAGGUGGAAUGGAUGGGUCCGGACGGCAACCUGAACUCCGACAGGACCUUCGAGUGCCAGUACGUCGUAACAGGGCUCACUCCAGCCACCAAUUACACCUUCGCCGUUAGGGCUUUGUACGAAGGCUUCGAAAGUGAGCUCUCGGAGGCAGUCGAAGCGCAGACGAUGACAUCGCCUACUUCCAACCUGCCGCUCAUCCUCGGCCUCAGCAUCGGCAUCCCCCUCGUUCUGAUCAUCGCGGUGUGCUUGGUCUACCUUCUCUGCUGCAAGAAGGAGCGCGAGACUGAACCUAAACUGAGACCGACUAUAGAACUCGUACGAACACAGGAAGAUCUAUUGCGGGAGGAAUUCCAGAGCAAGUUCGACAACAGGGAACCGACAAGACCCACGGAUAUAGCUAAGAAGUUUCGCAACAAAAAUUGUUACGACGACGUUUUACCUUAUGAUCAUACGCUGGUGCGACUAAGUAACGUUGACUAUAUAAACGCUUCCUUUGUUUUGGGCAAGAAAUUCAUCGCCGCUCAGGACCCGAUGCCUGACCAAGGGGACGACUUUUGGCAGCUGAUCUGGGAACACAACGUCCACGUUAUCGUUCGUCUCUCGUCUGACUCAAUAAACCAACCGAUAGCCAUUUACGUGCAGGAAGCAGGUGUAGGGCACUGGGUUAUGGGUCAUGAUGAGUUGGAAGUUACAGUCACGACACAGAGCAGUGUGGGAUCUCUCCUUUCGAAAACGCUUCAGGUCUCCAAGGGCCAGACGCAACGUACAAUCCACUUCUACCACCUGAAGGGCUGGUUCGACGAUGCCUUGCCAACACCGGAGGACCUCGUCCGGCUCGUCAUGAUCGGCAGGAGCUCGAGGCGGGAGCUGGGACCCAGGACCCCGGUGCUCGUGCACUGCGGCGCUGGGGCUGGUCGAACUGGGACACUGAUUGCUGUUUGGCAAAUGAUUGACUUGCAGGUUAAUGGAAAAAUGGGCAACCUCGUCCGAGUUCUUGAAGACAUGAGGAAGGACAGAGUGUCCAUGAUACAGUCGAAGGAACAAUAUAUACUUGCGUACCAAAGUGUGAAGGAGUACGAAAGUGGAGACUGGUCUGAUGGUGAAGAGAAUUACGAACCUGCCUAAGUAUGCAUUUGGGACAACCGGAUUUCUUAGCAUAUUGCACAGAUGCAAAUCAGACGCGCCACCUAGCAACUAGCAACUUCGCUUGGGUAUAUUGUAGCAAUGAAAGACUUAAAUUGAACUUCUUGUAUGUAUUUGGGAUAUAUUGUAUUUAUUCUUGGUAGGGUCGUUAAUAACUUCUCUGCUGCUUGUAUUUAUUAUUUUGAUUUACAUUUUCUGAAUCAUCUUUUUGUUAAAUAUACAUUUCACGACGCUAAAUAAAGCUACAUGUAAGUGAAAUAAUUCGACAGGAUCUUUCUCUAUCCUGAUUAGCUGUCAGCUUAGCUUUUGAAGUAAUGCCUCCUGUUAUUGUGGUAUGUUUCUGCUGAUGCUUAGACUUCACCGUAGGUCCAUUGCUUGAACUGCGUUAAACUGUACGUUUAUAUUCUAAAUCACGUGUACAAUCAGAUUUCCAGCAUAUUCGAAUAUGUGAAGGGUUUUAGAAAAUUUUAUUUUAAUUCUCAUAGUUUUUUUUUAAUCUACAGGAAUUACUUUUUUUGUAGAAAUAUAUAUUAGAUACAUUACUUAUCUAAUUAAUGGUUAAUGGUUACAAAGCAAAAUAUUUGCAAGACAUCAAAGGUCAUAUAGCACUAUAAAAAGGAGUAGAGAGAUUGGAGGAUGGUUAAGGCGUAGGCAUGUAUUUUGGGUCGUGAUUAGAUAGUUUUGAAUACCUUCGAGUGUUUCUACAGUGGAGUCGGUUGGGGAUAACUGAGAAACAAAAGUUUUCUUAUAGGAUGGAGCGUUUAGAGUAAGGAGCUGACACAUUUGGCUGGGCUAAAUAGAACAUGUUUGUAGAGGUGGGCGUAUUAGAAGGACAGGAGCGUGUGGAAGAUGGAGUAGUGGUAAGAGAAGUAGUAUUGCGGAGAGGUGAGCAAUAAGGUUGUAGAGUAGUAAUAAGGGAGGAUGGUGAAGUUAACGAAGAAAGUGGGAGUGGAAAUGAAGAGGAGGAAUUUCUCCUGGAUGUUGAGUAUGGAUCUGAGUGGAUGAUGUGAUAUUGAGGAGGGGAUAUUAUUAGCAGUGCUCAGAAUCGUGGUUUUAAGAGAGUUGGGUGUCGUCGACACUCGAAGGCUUAGUCAUCAUCACGCGAACAAUAAGAGAGCGAAGCAGAAGCUAUAUGAGUGGGUGAAUCAACAAGCGAGGACGAGACGCCAAAAAUAGAAUAACAUUGCGAGGAUUCGAGGCAGAUUCUAUACAAAAAUAGUCGACAUGGCAAAGCACAGAUGAAAAAACCGGAAGCGCCCUCCGACUCAGAGUGACGAAAUCAUUAUGUGACAGAGGGAGAAACUACAUGAUAGGCCAAUAGAACCAAAAAGGAAAUCACGAGUGGGAAACAACAAGCAGUUCUAAUCGAUCGCAAUAUAGAUCCUAUUGUUUCAGUCUAGGAACAAGAAAUUAACUCGGGUGGCAGGUAGAAACAGUUAAAGUUGCUCGGACAUAGAAAAGUCCUGAUGCGGGUAUCUUUCCAACUCUAAGAUAACUAGCAUCCGUGACCGGAUGAGCUCCAUAUCGAAAAUAAAAGGACGCUCAGU